GGGGCUCCUAUGUACUCGGUGGUUGACUGUAGCUGCGUAACCGUCUGUUUUUUCACCCACUGGAACCACAGCACGCGAAGCGUCACCGUCGGCGGGCCUACCGCGACUUCUUCUUCAGUGUUGCUUUGAAAACAAUUAGAGCACCUCAACUCCAUUGUGUACCGUAUAUUCUUUUAUCAUGAACGAAAUAUAUGCAAAGCGGCUGGCGCAGACGUCGAUGUUCCAUCAGAUCAUGCGCAGCCACGGCACGCUCUGGGCCGCCACGCGAGUCACGAAGGAGAAGUUGGACUUGGCAUUCGUAAAAGAGGAGUUCAUGCGCGUCAACGGGCGCCGCACCAUGCCGCUGCUUGUCGGCGCCGCGGCGGAGGAGAACUUGAAUGAGAGCCACUUAGCCCACCUCACCGAUCACUGCGCGUGGACGGAGUCGGCGCGCGCGUUUGCAGUGCAGCGCCAGACGCCUCUCACAGAGCACAUUGCCUCCAUGGGCCGCAUGGCAGAGACCAUCAACCAAGCCAAAACGGCCUCGACAACACAAAGCCUUUUUAACGAGCACAUGGCACGUAUCGACGGCAUUAACUCCUUUGAGGAAGAGCCGCUGUUGGACGACGACGAUGACGGAUAA